GAGAGAGAGAGACAGAGACAGAGAGAGAGACACUCAUAUGAGACAGAGCAGAUAAACCCCAGCCAGCAGUCUGUGUGCAGGACUUCUCUUCUCCUCCAGGUCUGCUCGGGAUCUUCAGGUCCAGGUGCGACACACACACACGCCUCGCGAGCGCCGCGCGGUCCGGUGCAGCUGAGGAUGAUGAGGAUGAGGAUGAUGAAGAUGAUGAAGACUCACCGGAUCACCGGAGUCGCGCCGCUGAUCGUUGUAUUGCUGCUGCACGCGACACGAGCAGCAGCCAAUAACAUCGAUGUGCUGAAGAUUCUGGAUCUAUCAGAUUCCAUGGAGGGCGUGUCAUUGGAGGCGGGGCUGUGCACGAGUAGGCGGGGCUCAGAGGAGGCGGAUCUCGCUUAUAAGAUUGAGAAGAAAAUCCAAGUUAGUGUUCCGACCAAUCAGCUUUUCCCAGACUCGGCGUUCCCGGAGGACUUCUCGGUGCUGGUGACGGUUCGAGCGCGGCGCGGCGCUCAGUGUUUUCUGCUGUCGGUGUAUGACAGCGAGGGAGUGCAGCAGCUGGGCCUGGAGCUCGGACGCUCGCCCGUCUUCCUCUACGAGGACCACCACGGCCAGCCGACCCCUGACCUCUACCCCAUCUUCAAGAAGGUCAACCUCGCCGACGGCAAGUGGCACAGAGUGGCCUACAGCGUGGAAGGUCAAAAGGUCACGCUGUACCUGGACUGUCAGAAAGUAGCGACCCUUGACCUCCCCAGAGGCCCGGAGCCUAAGGUCAGCACGGACGGAGUGACGGUGUUCGGGACGAGACUCCUGGAUGAAGAAGUGUUUGAGGGUGAGAUCCAGCAGCUGUUAAUCGCUCCAGACCCCAGAGCUGCUGCUGAUUACUGCCACACCCACAUUCCUGACUGUGACUCCGCCCUCACCUACAACAGCCUAUCGCUGGACCCCGUGGAGGUCAAGAAGCCGCCAAGGAAACCAAUCGAAGAAGAGUUUGACGAUGACCUUUACAGUGACCUGUCUGUGUCGACUGCGGGAGACAACGCCACCGAGUACGAGAUAGUGGAGUACGAGGACGCUGAGAACGAGACGGAGUAUUUUAAGGAGUACACUGAGUAUCAGGAGUAUGAGGACUAUGAGUAUCGUCCUGCAGAGAGACAGGAGCAGUUCUUCAGCGGUCAGGCUCUCGGUCCAGAGAAGGGGCAGAAGGGCGAGCCGGCGCUGCUGGGAGAGGGGACGCUGUUCAUGGGACCCCCAGGCCUGCCUGGUGCUGAGGGGCCUCCGGGUGAACACGGCCCUAUGGGAUCCCCGGGGCCGAUCGGAGAUCCAGGAGACCUGGGCCCCGAGGGCCGACAAGGACUUGCAGGGGCUGAUGGGAUUCCUGGACCUCCAGGGAACUUGCUGAUGUUACCGUUUCAGUCUGGCGGUGACGCUCGUCACGGUCCCGUCAUAUCCGCUCAAGAAGCUCAAGCUCAAGCCAUCCUGCAGCACACUAAGCUCUCUCUGAAAGGCCCGCCGGGACCGUUAGGACUCACCGGACGCCCCGGACCUCUGGGAUCUCCGGGCCCGCGGGGUCUGAAGGUUGAUCAUGGGUUCACAGGACCUCCGGGUCCUCGUGGGCUUCUGGGGGCUCCGGGACUCAAUGGAAAACUAGGCAAGAGGGGUCGUGGAGGGAUCGACGGAGCCAGAGGUGAACCAGGAGAGACUGGCACUAAAGGUGACAGAGGGUUUGAUGGGUUACCGGGUCUGCCUGGAAACAAGGGUCACCGGGGAGAUCAAGGGAAGAAGGGGCCAGUCGGUCCUCCAGGAGGCCCUGGAGAAAAAGGUUCAGAGGGUCAGCCGGGGCCGAGAGGUCAGCCAGGAGAGCCUGGUCUAGCAGGGUUGACGGGUCAGAGGGGUCUUCUUGGUCCUCCAGGACAGCAGGGUAUUCGUGGGGUUGAUGGAGUUCAGGGUUCAAAGGGAAACAUGGGGCCGCCUGGAGAACCUGGAGCUCCAGGACAGCAGGGGAACCCGGGAUUCCAGGGUUUUCCCGGACCUCAGGGAGCAAUCGGAUUACCAGGAGAAAAGGGUCCUCAGGGGAAGAAGGGGAUGAAGGGCUUACCUGGUAUCGACGGCCCACCGGGUCAUCCAGGACGAGAGGGGUCGCCUGGAGAGAAAGGCCUGCCGGGUACAGCAGGUGUUCAGGGGCCUGUGGGAUAUCCUGGACCCAGAGGAGUCAAAGUACUGAUCUCUCUCUAUCACACCCUAGUGUGUGUGUGUGGUGUGUGUGGUGAAGAUGGUUUUCCAGGAGCCAAAGGAGAAAUGGGAGCUAAAGGAGACAUUGGAGACUUGGGUGCUUCAGGGAUGCGCGGUGAGGAUGGUCCUGAGGGGCCCAAAGGGCAGAGUGGUCCCUUGGGUGAACCUGGAUCCGCAGGCAUCGCUGGAGAAAAGGGAAAGCUGGGUGUUCCGGGUUUGCCAGGUUACCCAGGCCGUCAGGGCCUGAAGGGUGCUGAUGGUUUUCCAGGUCCUGUCGGCGUUCCAGGAGAAAAGGGGAAGAAGGGUCCACCGGGUCCUGCAGGGGCCGCCGGUCAGAGGGGACCCAAUGGUGCUCGAGGAGGCAGGGGUGCAAAAGGACCCACUGGGAAAUCAGGAGACAAGGGGUCUUCAGGACAUGACGGCCCCCCAGGGCCCACAGGAGAGAGAGGUCCACAAGGGCCUCAAGGACGUGUAGGUGAGGUGGGACCCAAGGGACCCAAUGGGCCUGCUGGGAAGGACGGCCUGCCGGGUCAUCCAGGCCAGCGGGGGGAGCCGGGUUUCCAAGGCAAGACGGGUCCUCCAGGACCAGCUGGUGUCGUUGGGCCGCAGGGUAAUACAGGAGAAACUGGACCGGCGGGAGAGAGAGGACACCCGGGCACCGCAGGACCUGCUGGAGAGCAAGGUUUACCUGGAGCCGCUGGGAAGGAGGGUGCAAAGGGCGACCCUGGAGGUCCAGGUACUUCAGGAAAGAGCGGUCCAGCAGGUCUGAAAGGUUUCCGUGGAAGUCGUGGAGCGCCGGGUGCCAUGGGGCCAGUUGGAUUAAAGGGAGGGGCGGGGCCAAUCGGGCCCUCUGGACCUUCUGGGCCCACAGGUGAACGGGGCCCCCCUGGACUGGCUGGUGCCAUUGGUCAGCCUGGUCGACCUGGAACCAUCGGUGGCCCUGGACCAAUGGGAGAGAAGGGAGAGCCAGGAGAUAAGGGUCUGAUCGGACCCGCAGGACAGGAUGGUGACCAGGGGCCCGUGGGAUUACCAGGAGCCGCUGGACCUCCAGGACCCCCAGGAGAGGAUGGAGACAAGGGAGAAACUGGGGCUCCAGGGCAGAAAGGCAGCAAAGGAGACAAAGGAGAAUCAGGGCCUCCAGGACCAGUCGGCACUCAGGGGCCAGAGGGGCAGCCGGGAGCACCAGGUGUGGACGGUGAGCCCGGUCCUCCAGGACAGCAGGGCAUGUACGGACAGAAGGGAGACGAGGGCCUCAGAGGAUUCAAGGGCUCCAGGGGCCCCAUUGGGCUACAGGGGAUGCCCGGUCCUCCAGGAGAGAAAGGAGAGAGCGGGAACUCUGGUCUACUGGGUCCUCCUGGUCAGUUUGGGCCUAGAGGAGCUCAGGGACCCUCUGGUGGACAGGGUCCUCCUGGCCGUCCUGGAGUACGCGGUCAGCCUGGUGGAGUCGGUGAGAAGGGUGAAGAUGGAGAGUCUGGUGAUCCUGGACCUGUUGGUGUUCCUGGCAGUGCAGGCGAGAAAGGUGAGCAGGGUGAGAAAGGAGACACAGGACCACCCGGAGCUGCAGGUUCACCAGGAGCUAGAGGAGCAUCUGGAGAAGACGGAGCGAAGGGGAAUGCGGGUCCUAUUGGUUUUCCUGGAGAUAUGGGCGCUCCUGGAGAGCCAGGUGUUAACGGAAUCGACGGGAGUCCUGGAUCUAAAGGAGAUAAUGGCGAUUCAGGCAAAUCUGGCCCUCCAGGACCCUCUGGAGAACCAGGACCACCAGGAAGACCAGGACGCAGGGGUCACUUGGGUCCUCCUGGAAAAGAGGGGCGGCCAGGGCUAAAAGGAGACAAGGGAGCUCCAGGAUACGAAGGCAUCAUGGGAAAGCAGGGGCCGGUGGGCGGUCAGGGGAACCCAGGGAAAGCAGGACUACAGGGGCUUCCAGGAAUCCCUGGACCAGCGGGAGAACAAGGGCUGAAUGGACCCCCAGGUCAAACAGGACCCCCGGGGCCGAUGGGUCCCGCUGGACUGGCAGGACUGAAGGGAGAUCCGGGCAAGAAAGGAGAGAAGGGUCAUGGCGGUCUGAUCGGUUUGAUUGGGCCGCCGGGUGAGUUCGGAGAGAAAGGUGAUCGAGGACUGCCGGGAAACCAGGGGCUGCAGGGAGCCAAAGGAGACGAGGGACCAUUCGGACCUCCAGGACUUAGUGGACCACCCGGAUUACCAGGACUGUCUGGAUCCAUGGGACAGAAAGGAUCUAAAGGAAACCAGGGCCCUAUUGGACCCAGAGGAGAUCCUGGUCCUGCUGGACCCCCUGGUCCCCCGGGUCUUCCUGCGGUGGGAAUGGCGGCUCCUCCGGUGCUGGAUGGCCGAGGGAAGCGGAGGAGGUAUUCGGAUGUGGAUGGAGCGGCGAUGGAGGACGGACAGACGCAGGACGAGGAGGCUCAGGGGGAGGAGAAGGACAUGGAGGAGGUGUUUGCGUCUCUGGCCUCCAUGAGGACGGAUGUGGAGGGACUCCGGACUCCACUGGGCACCUACCACAGUCCUGCCCGCACCUGCAAAGAGCUGUGGAUGUGCCACCCCGAGUAUCCCGACGGAGUUUACUGGAUUGACCCCAACCAGGGAUGUCAUAGAGAUGCGUUUAAAGUGUUCUGUAACUUUACAGCAGAAGGUGAAACAUGCCUCCAGCCGCACAGCAGCGUACAGAUGGUCAAAAUGGCUUCAUGGAGCAGAGAAAAACCAGGAACCUGGUUCAGCCAGUUUAAGAAGGGCUCACAGUUCUCUUAUGUGGAUGUGGAUGGAAACCCCGUUCAUAUCGUGCAGCUGGGCUUCCUGAAGCUCUUGAGCGCCACGGCUCACCAGAGCUUCACAUACGUGUGUCAGAACUCGGCCGGUUGGUUCGACAGCACCUCCCUCAGCUACAGACACGCGCUGCGCUUCAGAGGCAGCAACGGAGAGGAGCUGACGCAGCAGAGCGCGCAUUACAUCCAGCCUACACUCGACGGCUGUCAGUCGCGCUCGGGGCAGGACCGCACCGUUCUGGAGGUGGACUCUCCGCAGUCGGACGCUCUGCCUCUCGUGGACGUGGCCGUGACGGAUUUCGGGAGCGUGAAACAGAAGUUUGGCUUCAGCGUGGGGAAGGUUUGCUUCAACGGCUAGUCAAGAACAGACUUUGACAGUGUAUAUAUUUAUACAUCAGUCCUUCAGCUGCUUGCGUUUGUCUGAGAACAGGAAGUGGUGCUUGAAGGGCGAUCAUGUGACAUGAUGACACGCAUCCAGACGCUCUUGUGUUCGGCUGUUUACAGAGAUCAGACCUCACAGAGAUUCACAGUUAUUUUGUAUUAUUGUUUGAAAGAUGUCGAUGUAUUUUUGUAUUUGUUUGUAUGAAUGUUUCGUAAUCUUGGUGCUACAUGAGGCUGUAUUUUAACUUGUUUACAUGAUGUAAUGAGUCAAACUGGCAGUGCAUUGUGGGAAAAGACAUGGCCGCAGCUCCAUCCAGCGGGUCGGGAGUCGUACGGACGUCGGGAUGGGGAUUUAGAUGUCCACCGGUUUGUUUUUAGUGUUGAAUAUGGAUGGAGAUUCUCUGACUGUGGUUUUGAUAAGUACUGUUUGAGAGGAGAGAUUUAUAAAUAAAACUAUUACUUAAUAAAACCACCCGGUUUAGAA